CACAAGAAAUAAAACCGAUAUCUCUCACCUGAAUUGCGCUAAAAUUCUACCCACUGGUCAAUGGGUUAAUCGUCGAUUCGCAACACUUGAUAAAUUUUCGAAAAGUAACGCAAAAGUUUUAAAAUUUUCGUAAAGUGAACUUUUACCAGUUCCAGUUGCAGUUCCGUUUAUGGAUCCAGCUCAAAUAACGUUGACCUCUUCUUUUUUGUGUUUACAUUUUGUUGAUUCGAUGAAAUGGAGCCUCUGCAGGAGUUUAUCACUGACUUGGUGGUGCCCCACCAUCGCUGCAACGUGAACAUCAUCCCGGAACACAUCACCAUGCUGGAGGGGGCCAAGAGCCGGAAGCAGCACUCGCGAAAGCGGCGCUCCCACAAGUCCAGCACACUGUCCCGCCGCGAGUACGCCCGCCUGGGCCUCAACACGCUGCCCACCCGCCAGAUGCGCUACGAGCAGGCCCUGCCCCUGCACCAGCUCUGGCGGGGCUAUGUGCGCGAACACCUGGGCCUGCGGGAGGGCGACCAGGUGCCCGAAGUCCACGAGCCGCGCUACGAGGAGUUCAGCAGGCAGCUGAUCAAGCUGGACCUGCACGGCGCCAGGCUGCAGGUGAUCCAGUCCAAGUGCAAGACUCUAGAGGGUCUCGCGGGCAUAUGCGUGAUGGACACGAAAAAUGUGCUAAAGCUGCUGGGCGAGGACGAUCGCCUGAGGAGCGUGCCCAAGAGCGAGUGCGUCUUUGGGCUGACGCUGGGCAACAUGCAGUUCACCAUCUUUGGCCAGCACCUGAACAUCCGUCCGGCGGAGCGAAGCGUGAAGAAGAUCAAGACCUAUGUGCAGCCCUUCAUGUAGGGCCUCAAGAAAUCCGAAUCCGCCCCGAUUGGUUUCGUUUUCGUUUCCUUUUUUAGUUGUAAUAUAAUAUAAAAUCGUACAUUUAAA